AUGGGUACAUUUAAGGUAAUAUUUUACACUAAGGGUGCUUUUGCAAAAGAACCAAAUCUGACCUACAAGGGUGGGGAAGUUUAUGCUUUUACUGGUCAAGACACUGGGUCGUGGUCGUUUUUUGAUUCAUGUGACUUGGUUAUGUCCAUGGAUCCUGGUUUUGACUACAAAAAAGUUAGGAUGUGGUGGAAGCAUGCUGAUGGUAGUCUAGAAAAUGACCUCAAUCCAUUUAGGGAUGAUAGUGAUGCUUUUGAGAUGGCUGCUUCAGUCCAUAAUGAAGUAGGUGACAUUGAAAUAUAUGUUGAGCAGAAACCAAGCACAAGGGAUGCAACAUUUAUGGAGAAUGUGAGGAAGAGGAAGAAGGGCAUAAUGGAUGAAGGUGAUGAUGAACCAAAGGGUGAUGAGGGUGAUGAGAGUUCCAGUGAUGAGUCAGUGAAGGAUAUUAAGUUUGAAGACAGUGAGGAAGAAAGGAUGAAUCCCUUUGAUGAAGGUUUUGAUGAGGGAGAAGAAAAGGAUGAAACCAAUAAGCAACCUAGAGCAGAUGGUGCAGAUGUUGCAGGCUCUAGUCAGUGUUUGAAUCCUAGUUUGAUUACACCUGAAAUGGGUAAGGAACAUGUCAUUGAAGAUGAGUAUUUGAGUGAUGAGCUUGAUAGUGGUGCUGAAGAUGAUAGUGAUGAUGAUAGGCCUAGGGUUGUUAGGUAUAAUGAGGAAGAUGGUGUAAGCAAAUAUUUUAAGUUCAAGGUAGGCAUGGAAUUUUCAUCACUUAGUCAGUUCAAAAGUUGUAUUCUUGAACAUAAUGUGCUGAAUGGGAGGGAUGUCAGGUUUGAGAAAAAUGAUGCAGUGAGAUGUAGAGUUGUUUGCAAGGAGAAGGGACAGUGCAAUUACACUGUGUUGUGUAGUAGAGUGUUAACACCAACUACAUUUAAGAUCAAGACAUUGUUUGAUAAACACAAGUGUGGAAGACAAUUUUUUAACAAGAGUGCAAAAGUUGAAUGGGUGGAAAAAGUAAUUAUUGAUAGGAUGAAAAACUGUAGCAAAAUGAAAUUGAAUGAAGUAAUUGAAGAAGUAAGAGUGAGAUUUGCAACUGAAAUCCCUGGAUGUAGGGCAUUUAAGGCUAGGCAGAUUGCUAAGAGGGUAGUUGAAGGGGACUCUAGCAAACAGUUCAGUCUAUUGUGGUCAUAUGGGGCUGAAUUGAGAAGGGCUUCCCCAGGAAACACCUUCAAGAUGAAUAUACAAACUCCAGGACCAGGUUUACUACCAAGGUUUGAAAGGUGUUAUGUGUGCUUUGAUGGAACAAAGAAAGCCCUGAAGUUGGCUUGUAGGCCUUUUAUUGGACUAGAUGGAUGUCAUCUAAAGCACAAGUAUGGUGGGAUAUUGUUAAUAGCUGUUGGGAGAGAUCCAAAUGACCAGUAUCUACCCAUAGCUUUUGCAGUGGUGGAAACUGAGUCAAAAGACACUUGGAGUUGGUUUAUGGAGCUUCUAAUUCAAGAUAUUGGUGAAAAAAGAUGGUGCUUCAUUUCUGACCAACAAAAGGGUCUUGUACAAGUUUUUGAGGAGCAAUAUCCAGCUUUUGAACAUAGGUUUUGUGUAAGGCACUUGUAUGCAAACUUUAAGAAAAAGUUUGGAGGUGGAACCCUAUUCAGGGAUCUCAUGCUGGCUGCAGCAAAGGCUACUUCUGUGGAGGCACAUCAACAAUUCAUGCUCAAGAUGAAAGAGGCUAGCAAUGAUGCUUUUGAAUGGUUGGAAGCAAUCCCAAAAGCUAAGUGGUGUAAGCAUGCUUUUCCUCUGUAUAGUAAGUGUGAUGUCUUGAUGAAUAAUUUAAGUGAGUCCUUUAAUGCAACAAUAUUGCUUCAAAGGGAUAAGCCGAUCAUAACUAUGUUUGAAUGGAUUAGAUCGUAUCUAAUGGGUAGGUUUGCAACCUUAAGGGAAAAAGUAGUUGGGUAUAAGGGUAGAAUCAUGUCUAAACCACUUAGGAGGUUAGAUAGAGAGAUUGAAAAGAGUGUCAGUUGGACUGCAACUUAUGCAGGACAAUUGACAUUUCAAGUUACACAUGUAAUAUUUACUGAUAGUUUUGUAGUAGACUUGGCUAAGCACACUUGCUCAUGCAAUUAUUGGGAUCUGAUUGGCAUACCAUGUAGACAUGCCAUUUCUGCCAUCCAUAGGAAAGUAGAUGAUCCCAUUGAUUAUGUACAUCAGUGCUAUCACAAAUCAACUUAUGUUAAGUGUUAUGAGGUGGGCAUCACCCCUUUGAAUGGUCAAAACAAGUGGCCUAAAACAAAUGAUCCUGUUAUUUUCCCUCCAAUGUUCAAAAGAGGCCCAGGCAGACCCAAAAAACUAAGAAGAAGGGAUCCUGAUGAAUCAAAUGCAACCAGGUGGUGA